UGUAGUAUAAUAAAUCAUAAGACACUUGUUCUUUGCUUUGUUUUAUUUGUAGAAGUAUAAAUCAGCCUCUAGUGCAGCCACUGGUCUCAGAGUGUUGACAGCAGAGUAGAUUUUAAUCUCAGAUUUUAAGCGGGCUGAGGUAAAAGAUGGGGACUGAAGCUCCAUAUAUGGCCACUUCCAAAUUUGAGUAAAAAUCACCAUUAAAAGGAAGCUUGUAUGAUUUAAAAACAAAAUAAAUGUAAACAUUUUCAAGCUUAAAAAAAAAGUCUAAAUGUUCCUGCUAUUCUUUCACAAUUUAAUAAGAAGUCAUUAGUAAAGUCCUUCAUUCUCUAUCACUUUCAGAUCAGGGUAAGUAUGAAUGGCACACUGGAGAAGGGGGCUCAUCACCAGGCCCUCGACCUCUCUGAAGAGCUCCCAACCAACAGCCAUCAUCACCAUCACAAUCACACCAGUCUCCUACACACAAACUCCUUGGCCUCCACUGUGCAAGCCGGGACCCCAGUAGGUGGGUCUGGAGUGGUUGUACCGCCACCUUACUCUGCUGCGGAGGCUAGGAGAGGUGAAGCUCCGCUGGAGCUCCGGGGCUCUCUGGACUGCUGGGCGUGUUCAGUGCUUGUGACAGCGCAGAACCUGGUGAUCACAGUGAUCAACGCCUGCCUGGCCGGGCUGGUUUUCGGGCUCAUCCUCAGUCCUGCUAUUGUCAUGGUGGUGUUCGGCUUCAUCUGUCAUUCAACGGUGCGCCCACAGGGUUCAUCUCUGUACUGCUCGGAUCUACUGACUGAUGGUGGAUGUGUGGCUCUGCUGGUUGUGGGUUUCUUGCUAGUGACUCCACUCCUGGUUCUGGCCUUGGCUGCGUACUGCCGGCUUGCUCGUCACCUUCAGCUGGGUCUGUGUUUUAUUCCGUACAGUCGUGCCGUCUACAGGAACCUUCCAGCUACCCAGCACCGUGGCCUGACAGGAGGCUGCUGUGGACAGCAAUCUGGGAAAGGAGAAAGGAAGGGGAAAGUGUGGGUGUAAAGGGAAGGACUAUACUUCUGUUGUACUGGAGAUUUGGAAUGUUGUUUAAAAACACACUACACAUUAUAGACCAAAACUCCCCACAUAAAAAAUAUUAAAAUCUUUAUGACAGAUAAAGGGAGGCAAGAUAUCUGAUUUACAUAUUUUGAAGCCAGAUACAGCAUCUGUCAAUUUCUGAUGCUUUAUAUUUAAUGCAAUUGUUAUAGCACAAUCAAAUUCAUAUACGCAAAAAUAAUGUGCAUGUACAUCUAUUUGUAUAACAAAAACUAUUCACCUUAUAAAAUUAUUGGCAUAUUUUUCUUGAGACAGUCAAAAAACUAUUUUGUUAAUUUUUCUUAUAACAUGUACAGUGUAUUUUCUGUUUCUUUAGAUGUUACAUUAAAUACUAAUCAUUAAAUACUGUAAUUUCACAGAGCUGAUGGGCUGCUCUCCUUAUUUUGUACAAGAUUUAUUUAGACAAAAUAAAGAUUAAAGACAAAAUG